AUGAGUGGCGUUUUGUGCGCGCCGGCGGCCGGGGCGUUCCAGGCGCUGAGGCUCGUGCGCUGGGCUUCCCGAAGAAGCCCGCCUCCGCCGCCCAGCGGCCGGGCUCGAGCCCAGCUCGCGGCCGAGGGCGAUGAAGAGGAUGACCCUCACCGCCCUCUUCGGUUUUCCUCCAGCAGAGCCGCGCCGCUCCGCUGGACAGUGAAGCAGUCCCUGGGAACCGAGCAGCAGCGGCCCUGGUGGGUGGUGCUGCCCUUCAGCUUGUCCCUCAUGGCUCUGGUCAUUUGGUGCUUCUUUAGGCAGGAGACCAGCGCGGACCGGUGGUUGAGACGGAUGUUGCUGGAAGAGGUACCAGAGCCCAGCGACGCUUCUGAAGAUCCUGGAGUUCCGGUGGCCCACGGGGCGAGGACUUAA